AAGACACACAGGAGUGACAGUUAUCACUAAAAAUACCAUCCCCAACGACAGACACAUUGUCAUUCUCCAAGCAAAAUGUCCAGUAUGUACUAUCCCAGUUAUAAAAAGGCAGAUGUGGAAUUUGUCCAUACAGGGUACGGGAAAGACGUGGUGAAGGUGCUGAGGGUCAAGAGAGAGGGAAACUGUUAUCACAUCAAAGAGAUUGAAGCUAAUGUCCAGCUGAUGCUGAAGUCACGGAAGGAUUAUAUCCAUGGAGACAAUUCGGACAUCAUUCCCACCGACACCAUAAAAAAUACGGUUCAUGCCUUGGCGAAGCUCCGAGGGAUUCAAACCAUUGAAGAAUUUGCGCUGGAUAUCUGCACCCAUUUCCUGACGUCCUUCCACCAGGUUUCUCAGGCACAGGUCUACAUCAAGGAGGUACCCUGGAAGCGCCUACAGAAGGAUGGACAGGAGCACACCCAUGCCUUCAUUCGUAGCGGAGAAACCACCCGUUUCUGCGUGGUUGAGGAGACCCAGAAUGAGCCAGCCGUGAUUCAUUCUGGAAUCAAGGACAUGCAGGUGCUGAAGACAAUGCAAUCUGGGUUCGAGGGCUUUCAGAAGGACCGCUUCACCACACUGCCUGAAGUGAAGGAUCGGAUCUUCUCCACCACUGUGUAUGCCAAGUGGCGCUACAGCACCUCAAGGCCAAUCAACUUCGAUGCCGUCUGGAAUACUGUGAAGGAUUCCAUCCUCGAGUCGUUCGCUGGUCCCUACGAUUGUGGAAUCUAUUCCCCGUCUGUUCAGAACACUCUCUACGAAGCUCAGUGUCUCAGUCUGAGCAGGGCUCCAGAGAUGGAAGAGAUUGAAAUAGUUAUGCCAAAUAAGCAUUACUUCACAAUUGAUAUGACAAAGUUCGGGAUUUCAAACAAUAAUGAGGUUCUGCUGCCGACAGAUAAUCCAUAUGGGAAUAUUACAGGAACUGUACGGAGGAGAUCUGCAUCCAAGCUGUAGAAAAUGUCCUACUGGAGAUAGUGCUAAUCAUGUACACAGCAGAAAUAACCACCGAUGUAGCCGUAUGAUUAAAGUGUUCUGAAUAAAUGCAAUAAAAUUGUAAC